AUGUUCAUUGGUUCCGGCUUUAAGCUUCAAAUGCUGACCUAUGGGUGCGACACGUUAACGGUAACUGGUGCUGGCAUUGGAACCGGAAACGGAAGUGCUCAUAGUCGGCUGGCGGUGCACAGUGCGGGCAGCAACACGGCAACAACGGCGGCCAGAAUUUUUUCACGUUUGGAUAGCGUCGAGGAGGUGCAACGCAGUCGCAGUGGCAGCGCUGUUGGAAUAACGCCCGGCGGUGGUGCAGUGGCAGCGGCAGCGGCAGCGGUGGCAGCGGGUUCACCAGCCAGAACUGGCCAGCAGCAGCAGGCUCAGGUCGGCGGUGUCUACGGCAGUGUGGGCAGCGUGGGCAGUGUGGGCAGCGUGGGUGUAGGUGUGGGCGGUGUGGGUGUGGGUGCAGGCGUGGGCGUGGUACCCGGUACAGGAGUCGGCAUCGGCGUGGGCGUGGGCAAUGCAGCAGGGGCGCGUAAUCGCAGCGCCAGCACAAUACUCGAGCCCGGUCAGAGCGGCACGCUAGGUGGCAGUCAGGGAGCGCACACGCGCAAGUAUUCCGGUGGCGGCGGUGCAGGUCUGCUCGCUGGCGACGUGAAUGGCUACGGAGACAACGCGGCGACUGCGAAAUGCGAUACAUAUAACGGCGUGGGAACGGGUGCUGGUGUUGGUGUCGGUGUCGGUGUUGGUGUUGGUGUUGGUGUCGGUGUCGCAGGCAGAGGCAUACCACAAGAGAGAAGCUCAAUUGGAUCAGUUAAUGUGCCAGUCACAACAGUCAGCAGCUUGGGAAUAACGCUCCGUGAACGUUUAUCUAGCGUCAGCGGCGCAUCAUCAGCAAGUGGAGCGUCCGGCGAGGCUGGCGUGUCGGCAAGUGCUGGCGGUGCAGCUAGCGGCUCAGCGCCAACAAUAGGCGGCAGCAGCAGCGUGCCACAUUGCAAGCGUCAGGGCAGCUUUUCGAAUGUAUUCUCAAAGCUAAUCGAUGGUACGUCCGCUGGCACAAUGUUCGCCAAGUUCAAAAGCGCCAACGUGGCGGCCGCCACAUCCACACAGAAUGUCGCCGAGGGCAAUCCCAUAACGCAGUACUUCGAGAUUGGCAAGCCGGUGGCCUCAGCCGGGCCAGAGCUCAUCUGGCGCAUACACGAUGGCUAUCGUAAGAGUGACAACAAGGAAUGUUCGGUGUUUAUAUUUGAGAAAAAGGUGGCAGAGAAACUGCACAAGCCGCGCCGCAAGGAGACCAUUACAGAGCUGCUGAAGAGCUCGGUAAAGACAUUGGAACGCUUUCGUCAUCCCAGGAUACUUCAAAUCUAUCAUACCGUCGAGGAGAGUGCGGAUACGUUGGCCUUUGCCGCAGAGCCCAUUUUUGCCAGCCUUUCAAAUGUGCUGGCCUUUCAUGAGUCGAAAACCUAUGAUAAUGCCAGCGUGGCGCCAGCAGCGGGUGGCGGGACGCCACAGACGCAGCCAGCAGCUGGGGCGCAGCCCCAAAGGCCGCCGCAUGCAAAGGAAUACAAUUUCUUGGAUAUGGAGCUCAAAUAUGGAUUCUUGCAGCUAACGGAGGCUUUGUCCUACUUGCACUAUUCCGGUCACGUAAUUCAUCGAAAUGUGUGUCCAUCUUCUAUACUAAUAACCAAGCGGGGCAUUUGGAAGCUGGCUGGCAUGGAAUAUGUGGAAAGAAUGAAUGAGACUGAUUUGAAUAGCUCAAUUCCGUGCCCACCAUGGAGCAACAGGGUAUCAAAAAUGGCACAGCCCAAUCUGGACUUUAUGGCGCCCGAGACGCAGACGACCUCCAAAUGCAGCCUGCUGAGCGAUAUGUUCUCCCUGGGCAUGGUCAUCUGUGCGGUGUACAACAAUGGACGACCACUUAUACAGGCCGGCAACUCUACAUCCAACUAUGCCAAGCAAUUGGAAUCGCUGGAUGACCAUGUGCAUAAGCUAAUGCCGCGGCUGCCCAUUGCUCUGCAGGAGGCGACAUCGCGCAUGGCCAGCCGGGAUCCGACAGCGCGACCCACCGCUCAGUUGCUGCAGCUGAUCAAAUACUUUGUCGAUCCGGCUAUUAAUGCGUUGAAAUUCCUCGACGUGGUCAACAUGAAGGACACACAGCAGAAGUCGCAGUUCUAUAAGACCACCUUGAUAGAGGCCAUGCCGCUGAUACCGCGCAAACUCUGGUGGCAGAACCUGUGGCCCAUGCUCAAGUCGGAGAUUAACAAUGGCGAGGUGCUCGCCGCGGUCCUUCAGCCCGUGAUGCUCUUCGUUCAGGAGGCAACGCAUUCGGAGUACGAUGCCCUAAUGUCGGCCACAAUGAAAAUUGUCUAUAACACACCGAAAUCCAUUCAGGCGAGCGUCACAAUACUUGAGAACUUGCACUUGAUAAUUGAGAAAACGAAACCGGAGGAUGUCACCACAGAUAUAAUGCCAAUGUUAUUCCUUUCAUUCGACGGAUCCACAAUUCAAGUGCAGAGCGCGGCUGUUGUGGCCGUGGCCAAUGUCUUUGAUAGCAUUGAUGAGCUGUCCAUUCGUCGCAUGGUUUUGCCCAAAGUCAAAUUGGUAUUUGAGAAGAACAUCACGGAUCCAAAGAUUGUGCAGAACGUGCUCAUGUGCAUUGAGCGUGUCAUGGACCGCAUGGAGCGGGCACAGGUUAUGGAGGAGGUGCUGCCCCUGCUGGCAAAUGUCCGCAUACCAGAUCCAGAUAUUAUCAUGCGGACUGUGCGCAUCUACCACAAGCUGUUUGCGGACAAAUCCUAUGGCUUAACUGUGGAAACGAUGGCCACCAAUGUGCUGCCCCUGCUCAUACCACACACUGUCAAUCCGUCGUUGAAUUUCGAGCAAUAUUGCUAUCUGCUUGAGGUGCUGCAGCAAAUGCUGGAGGCCAUCGAUCGUCAGCAGCGUAACAAAUUGAAGCUGGACAACCUAUCGAUGGCCUCGCCGGAGCGUCAUCGCACAUUGCGGCAUCAGUACUCCACGGACAACAUGAAUGCCCCACCAUUCAAUAUACCCAAUUUGCGUAUUGAUCAGCGCAAGACGUCCAGUGCCGAGGAUAUGGCACGCAAGAAUUCUGGUGGCUCUGGCAUGCUGGGCGGCUGGUGGUUUGGCUGCUCGCCAUCGUCACCGGAUAGCAAUUUCCUGCGCGUCGGCAAUGUGUUUCCCAAUCGACGGCUCUCGGACAACACGCUGAUGACACCAAAGAUACGCAUCGCGCCCUCGUGCGCCUCCUCGCCGGGCGGCACACCGGGCAGCGGCCUGCCCACCCGUCGGCACUCGAGCAUUGGACCCCAGGAGCGACGCGGCUCCACCAUCAAUUUGUCACCGCCAACUGGUGGCUCCAUGCCCAACACAUCGAGCAGUGUACCAUUUCUGCUGUCGUCCAGUAUGCAAUCGAUACGUUCGCGCCGUACAUCGACUGUGCUGUCAUCGGGUCCACUCGGCUCCGGUUCGGGCCUGUUGCAACAGUUGGGAUCCGGCAUGUAUCAACUAUUCUCCGGACGUAACUAAAAUGAUACAAAUUAAAUGAAUCUAUAUAUUAUAUAUUUUUAAAGCAAUUUCGGUCCAUUAAUUAAACACCAAUAAUGAACUUAUAUUAGCGCUAUAUGUAUACAGUAUUUACACAAUACAAACAUUGUAAACGUCAGCCAAAAAACAACAAAAAAACAAAACAAAAAACAAAAAGAAAUUUCAAUUAAUUCUAAAUGUUAUUAGAGAGCAAAUUUGAUGUCAUCCGAGCAACAAUUACUUAAUUACAACAUAAAUAUAUAAACAAUUUAUAUGUAUUUAGAGUACCCGAAAUGUGUUAAACACAGUCCAAAAGAAACAAAGAAA